AUGCCAAUUCAAAAUUACUUCCAACUAACUGUUCAUUUGGUUGCUAAAUACGUUGAAUCAAUUUACCCCAGCUCCCAAGAUUUCAAGUUGGUGCAAACAACCAAUGAACAAAAACUAAGCCAAUCAGAGAUAUACUACAACAAUGAGAAGUUCCUAAUUGUUAGUAUUACUGAAAUAAGUACAGUUCAAUCAUUGAUUAAUUUAUUAAACCUUGAUGGAAGGUUGGACAAUGCCUUGAUUAAUUGGGAAUGGUUUGAUUUGGAUGAAAUUACCUUCCCCAUUAAAGACGAAUCAAACUUGCCUCAAGACUUGGUUGAGAAGUUCAACACUAAAUUUAGAUAUAUCAUUGAUAAUGAAAAAGUUAGCUCGAUUUUUGCUCAUCCUAAUAAACAAAGUGGUGGUCCAAUAGUUGAGGAACAACAUACAGACACUGAAAGUAAUUUUGCUCGGUCACCAACACCUGAAGUUCCUUAUCAACCAACUAAUCCGACAUUUGCUGGUGGUAACCCAUCGGCAGAGGGAGGUGGAGAAGCUAAUCCUACGUUUACUAGACAGCCAGAUGAUAUGCCCAAGUUUGAAGACGAAUAUCAAAUUAAAGAUAGAGGACCACCAGUGAGGGAUACAUUGGGUCAAUCUACUCACUUCCCACCAAUUGGCAGUGAUGAUUUAAAUCCUCCUGGUAUCCCUUCUAAUCCUACAUUACAAGGAUAUAUAGAUCCUUUACAAGCUCCACAAGGCGGUGUUGGUGGUAAUUUUGGCGGCGGCGGUGCUGGUGGCGGUAUGCAUCCAACACCAGACCAUCCAAUAUUUGGUCAAGGACAACAUCAAGGUGUGGGUGGUAGAAAAGGUGUUCCACCAGGUGCAAGAUAUAGUGAUCCGUAUUCAGAGGAUAACUUGGAUAACUUGGGACAAGGUUUACCUCUGAAUUUUAGAGGUCCUGGCUCUGGUGGUCGUGGUAAUUUUGGGGGGUAUGGUAGUGGUGGUUCUUCCUUUGGUAAUUUUGGACCACCAGGGGGUGGCGCUAAUUUAUGA